CCUCACCAAAUUUCUUCCUUUCUCCUCUUUCCUUUGCGGAACCAACAAGACUGACAACAAAAAGCAAUGGCCAACGAUAAACUCAUCUGCGUCAUUGGCGCCACAGGCAACCAGGGCGGCUCCGUCGCCCUUCGCUUUCUGAAAGCGGGCUUCAAAGUGCGUGGCUUGACCCGCAACACCGCCUCACCCUCCGCCCAAGCCCUGUCAUCGGCGGGAGCCGAAGUCGUGUCUGUUGAUCUCAAUGACGUCUCGACUCUCAAGAAAGCGUUUUCCGGGGCGAACGUAAUCUUCAGCGUGACUAACUACUGGGAACCGUUUUUCCGACCAGAUUGUCGGGAGCAGGCUGCCAAGGAGGGUAUUUCGUGUCGAAAGUUUGCGUAUAAUGUUGAGGUGCAGCAGGGAAAGAAUAUUGUCGAUGCGGCUGCUACCGUGGUGGACAGCCUGGAUGAUAAUGGAUUUUUGGUCUCGACGUUGAGUCAGGCUGAGAAGUGCAGUGGAGGCAAAUUCAAGGAGUUGUAUCAUUUUGAUGGCAAGGCUGAUGUUUUCCCGGCGUAUGUUGACGAGAAGUAUCCUGAGCUUGCGGCCAAGAUGUCGUGCAUUCACACGGGGUACUUCUAUACGAGCUUCAACAUUUUGCCCAACUCUUAUAUGAACAAGCUCCCUGAUGGAUCCUUUGAAAUGUCCUUCACUACCUCCCCCGACAGUCUCGUUCCUCAUCUCGACCCAGUGGGAGAUCUAGGCAACUUCACCUACGCCGUGUACCAAAUGUCUCCAGGCAAGGCUUACAUGGCCGAAGGCACAACCUGCACAUGGCCAGAAUGGAUCGAGACCUGGGGUCGCAUCAACAAUGUCCCUGUCAAGUACCGCCAGGUGACACCAGAUGAAAUGACAGCCGCUACACCUGAUCGAGAUGCGGGAAUUGAGACAGGAUAUAUGUUCUCGUAUACUUCUGAUCCGGGAUACGAUGGCGGCAUGAAAUUGCUGAAGGCGGAGGAUAUCCGAAAGGCUGGCAUUGACUGCCCCAUGACAAGCUGGGAGGAAUGGGCCAAGAAGUACGACUGGUCUGCUAUUCUUAACAAAUAAGGGCUCCAAGAUAUAUAGGCAUGGUUAUUAUUAGCGCAAAGUCUGUUGCAGAAAGAACUUAUUAGAGUAGACUACAUUACGGCCGAAAGCAUGAUGAAUAAAUACGAGAACUAUCGGUUUUUUUCUUUUUCCAAU